GUGCCGGCAAUAAAACUGUUGAUGGCCAAAAUAUAAAAAAGGCUGUGCACUUCUUUUGUUUAUCAUGUUCUUUUUUAAAUAAAAGCAUAAGAAUUUUUGAAUUACAGAUUAAAUAUAACAAUGAGACGUCACGUGCAGUUGAGCAUUAAACAGCUGACUGCCGGUUACAUCAAUGGUCAAUUGUCUCCACUCACAGUGGCGGAGCAGGCGCUGGAAGAUGCCGCCAAGCUUAAGACUUUGAAUGCCUUUGUGUGCGUCACACCGGAGCAAGCUCUUCAGCAGGCCAAUGAGUCUGUGCAACGCUAUACAAAGAAGCAACCAAUUGGCGACCUGGAUGGUGUCACUAUUGCCAUCAAGGAUAACUUUUGCACCACUAAUGUGCCCACUACAUGUGCCUCCCGCAUGCUUAAGGAUUUUGUGCCGCCCUACGAUUCGACGAUGAGUGCACGGUUACGUCAAGCGGGAGCUGUUUUAGUUGGUAAAACUAACAUGGAUCAGUUUGCCAUGGGCGCUGGCACUGUGGAUUCUAUUUAUGGGCCAACGAAGAAUAUAUGGAGCGAGGACUUGAGCCAGGACAACUGGAGAAUAGCGGGAGGCAGCUCUGGUGGCUCAGCAUCAGCUGUUGCAGCGGGUUUGUGUUAUGCAGCAAUCGGAUCUGAUACGGGUGGAUCAACAAGAAAUCCAGCUUCAUAUUGUGGAGUGGUGGGUCUUAAGCCUACGUAUGGCCUAUGCUCGCGACAUGGAUUAAUUCCACUGGUCAACUCAAUGGAUGUGCCAGGUAUAUUUGCACGUUCCGUUGGCGACUGCGUCGAUGUGCUGAAUGCGGUAGCCGGUCCGGAUUCCAUGGACUCGACGAGCAUACAACAGCCAUUCAAUAAGUUGCAGUUACCAGAAGUGGAUCAAAUUGAUUUGCGAUCUGUGCGGAUUGGGAUACCAAAGGAAUAUCACUGCGACGGACUGUCUGUCGAGGUGCUGGAAACCUGGACCAAGGUGGCCGAUUUACUGGAGAGUGCAGGUGCUAGGGUGCGUCAGGUGUCACUGCCCCACACAGCGGCCAGUAUAUUCGUCUAUUCGAUUCUAAAUCAGUGCGAGGUUGCGAGUAACAUGGCUCGUUACGAUGGCAUCGAGUAUGGACAUCGUGCCGCCGAUGAACGCAGCACGGAACAGCUCUAUGCUCAAUCUCGGGCGGAGGGCUUCAAUCAAGUGGUCAAGACACGUAUUUUGACGGGAAACUUUCUGCUUUUGCGCAAAAACUAUGAUCACUAUUUUGAGAAAGCGUUGCGUGUACGUCGAUUGAUUGCGGAAGACUUCAGCCGUGUCUUUGAGGCUCAAGAGGAUUUUGAAAAGGUUGAUUUACUGCUAACACCCACAACGCUAAGUGAUGCACCGCUUUACAAGGACUUUAUCACACAGAGCAAUCGUGAUCAGUGUGCCGUGCAGGACUUUUGUACACAGCCCGCCAACAUGGCAGGUAUUCCAGCGAUUUCAAUUCCCGUGCGCUUGUCAAAGGCUGGAUUGCCGCUCAGCCUACAAAUAAUGAGCAACAGUUUAAAUGAACAACUGCUGCUGACAGUGGCACGUUGGAUAGAAGCACAGGUUGGAUUCGAUAGCUUAAAGAGUUUACAGAGGCCUGCUGAAAGACUGUAAAUUGAUUUAAUAAACAUUUAAAUAUCAAAUUAA